AUGGCGACCAACUCUGACUCACGACCAAUGGCAGCCGCCUCCCUGACGUCCAACAUAAUGCAAGCCGUCCUCCAGUUGAUCAUCCUAGUGAUGUUCUACUGCAACCGCCGUCGAUACGCCGGGAGUCAGGAGCGAGAGGUUGCUGCGGGCUGA